AAGUUUCAUCUCUAAUGAAGUGUCAUCUCCAAAUAGUGUCAUAACUCCUGCAACAUGUCGAGGAAUUUGUUUUUAUCAAUUACUAACUUCAUUAAAAAUGUAGAACGCAUGUUUCUACCCUUUGGCGGUCACCCGCCAGCGUUGGCGCUGGCCGGUUUCCAACACGAGCACAGCGGAUACACGACCGGGAAGAAAACUGAGUUCAGCCUGAAACAAUUAAUUGGGGACGGCAUGCUGUGGGCCGUGCCAAAGCACAGGAGAUCUGUGGAGAAACGACUAAACCGAAAGUUUGGCUACCCGGAAUACGUGUGGAAACCGCUGAAGGAAAAGAGGCAUCUCCGCUCGUGCUUGCAAUGUGGUCAUGACUAUGAAAUGGGAACGCUGUGUCCCUUCUGCUAUCAGAAAGUUCUAAAUGAAACAAAGCUUAUGCAAGAGAAGAUCCAAGACGAGCUUGGUCUGGACCCAGUUGAAAAGGAGGUUAUUGUCCUGUACGAGGGAGAGAAAGCCGAAAAGUCUGCCGAUGAGCUGAACAGUAAACGUAUCGUUGAGAUGAAAAAACCCCGUCCCAUGUGGUUUACCAAGAAUCUGCUACAGAAAUCUACGCAAACGCUCUCGGAAACCAAGGAGGUCAAGCCCUCUGACUUGGCCUAGAUAUUAAGUACCUUUGUGCAUUAAAACUAAAACUUUGUUAA